UAUUUUUCAAAAAAAAAAGAACACACUCGAUUUGGCUUGAAUUGCCCCUAAAACCACAAACGAAUCUCGAAAUUACCAGAACCCAUUCUCACUUGCACAGCACACAGAAGGACAAUUUCGUCCACAGAAACACAAAAAUAUAACAGAGUCCUCUCCCCGCCACUCACUAACAGAAUAAUCAGUUGGUGUUCUCUACGACUACCCAACCAACCUCCCAUGGCCAUGAGGCUACUCUCACCACCCUCCUCUUCUCUCUCACAACCCACCAGGCUCUUCUGCUUACAUUCCGCCUCAACCAGACCAAAACCCAUUUCAGUCCCAACCCUUCUCUUCCAAAGGACCCCAAAACGGUUCGUUUUCUCCAAGAGAAUGGUGGUCAAAGCUUGUGUGAAAGUGGAGGAGAAGAACGUUCAAGAAUCUUCUGGAAGUGAGUGGGGGAAGGUCUCUGCUGUGCUGUUUGACAUGGAUGGAGUUCUCUGCAAUAGCGAAGAGCCUUCUAGAAGGGCCGCAGUCCAAGUUUUCGCCGAAAUGGGGGUUGAGACCACGGUGGAGGACUUUGUUCCUUUCGGAGGAACUGGUGAAGCGAAUUUUUUAGGAGGUGUUGCUGCUGUUAAGGGGGUAAAGGGAUUCGAUACCGAGGCAGCAAAGAAGAGAUUCUUUGAGAUAUAUUUGGAUAAGUAUGCAAAACCAGAUUCUGGAAUAGGAUACCCCGGUGCCCUUGAACUUGUUACUCAGUGUAAAAGCAAAGGCCUUAAGGUUGCUGUUGCAUCCAGUGCUGAUCUAAUCAAGGUUAAGGCAAAUCUAGCUGCUGCCAAUUUACCACUUUCAUUGUUUGAUGCUAUUGUGUCAGCAGAUGCUUUUGAGAAUCUGAAACCUUCUCCUGAUAUAUUCUUGGCUGCAUCAAAGAUCUUGGAUGUAAUCCCUAGUGAGUGUAUUGUAAUUGAGGAUGCACUAGCUGGAGUGCAGGCUGCCAACGCUGCAAAAAUGAGAUGUAUAGCUGUGAAAACUACUCUAUCAGAAGAGGCUCUAAUGAGUGCUGGUCCAUCCAUUAUUCGAAAUCAAAUAGGAAAUAUUUCACUCGAUGAUAUUCUCAGUGGUGGCUCUGAUGGCUAUAAUGGGAAGAUGCAGGGACUUCAAUUUCUUAAUUCUUCAUCUCAAACCACAUCAGAAAAGCUCACGGAAAGAGAUACUGAUUCUUCUGGUGCUGCCAAUGACGGCAUUUUCUCGUUUGGAGGGGUUGUUCGGCGAGAUAUAGUGAAAUAUGGAAGCUUGGGGAUUGCUUUGUCUUGUCUUGCCUUCACCAUAUCAAACUGGAAGGCAAUGCAAUAUGCAUCACCUAACGCUAUUUGGAAUGUGAUAUUUGGGGUCAACCAGCCAUCUAUUGCACAGAAAGAAGGUGAAUCAAAGUUGGAAAGAAUCCAACAAUUUGUGAACUAUAUAUCUGACCUGGAAACCAGAGGAACUGCUCCAAUUGUGCCAGAAUUUCCACCAAAACUUGAUUGGUUGAAUACAGCUCCCAUCAAGUUAAGCAAGGAUCUCAAAGGAAAAGUGGUUGUGCUGGACUUUUGGACCUAUUGCUGUAUAAAUUGUAUGCAUGUACUGCCAGACCUGGAGUUUUUGGAGAAAAAAUACAAAGAUAUGCCGUUCACUGUGGUGGGAGUUCAUUCGGCAAAGUUUGAUAAUGAGAAGGAUUUAGAGGCCAUUCGGAAUGCAGUGUUACGCUAUGACAUCACUCACCCAGUAGUCAAUGAUGGAGAUAUGUAUCUAUGGAGAGAGCUAGGUGUGAAUUCAUGGCCAACAUUUGCUGUUGUUGGGCCCAAUGGAAGACUUCUUGCUCAACUAUCAGGUGAAGGUCGCCGCAAGGAUCUUGAUGAUUUGGUGGAGGCAGCUCUUUUGUACUAUGGCCGAAAGAAAAUCUUGGACAAUGCACCACUUCCUUUGCGUUUGGAGAAAGAUAAUGAUCCCCGUUUGUUUACGUCUCCAUUAAAGUUUCCUGGAAAGCUGGCAGUUGAUGUCGAAAACAAGAGGCUCUUCAUUUCAGACAGUAAUCACAACCGCAUAGUUGUAACCGACCUAGAUGGAAAUUUUAUUGUCCAAAUUGGAAGUACAGGAGAGGAAGGUCUACGUGAUGGUUCUUUUGAUGAUGCCACCUUUAAUCGGCCUCAGGGCCUGGCUUACAAUACAAAAAAAAAUCUUCUCUACAUCGCGGAUACUGAAAACCAUGCGUUGAGGGAGAUUGACUUUGUUAACGAAACAGUGCGUACUCUAGCUGGAAAUGGAACCAAAGGCUCUGAUUACAGAGGAGGAGGAAAAGGAAGCACUCAGCUACUCAACUCUCCAUGGGAUGUCUGCUUUCAUCCAGUCAAUGAGAAAGUUUAUAUUGCCAUGGCUGGCCAACAUCAAAUUUGGCAACUUGAUACAGCUGAUGGGAUUACUAGAGCAUUUAGUGGUGAUGGUUAUGAAAGAAAUCUGAAUGGAUCAAGCUCUUCAAGCACAUCAUUUGCACAGCCUUCUGGAAUUUCAUUAUCUCCUGAUAUGACGGAACUGUAUAUUGCUGAUAGUGAGAGUAGCUCCAUCAGGGCAGUUGUUUUAAAAACAGGAGGAUCAAGAUUGCUAGCGGGUGGUGAUCCAUUUUUCUCAGACAAUUUGUUUAAGUUUGGGGACCAUGAUGGAAUGGGUUCUGAAGUACUUCUUCAACAUCCACUCGGUGUCUUGUGUACAAAGGGCAGUCAAAUCUAUAUAGCAGAUAGCUAUAAUCACAAGAUAAAGAAGCUAGAUCCAUCUAGUAAAAGAGUUAGUACCAUAGCAGGGACAGGGAAAGCUGGUUUCAAGGACGGAACAGCUCUUGAAGCUCAGCUUUCAGAGCCAUCAGGAAUCACUGAAGCGAAAAAUGGGAGACUCUUCAUAGCCGAUACAAACAACAGUCUAAUCAGAUAUAUUGACUUAAGCAGCAAAGAACCUGAACUUCUUACUCUGGAGCUAAAAGGGGUUCAGCCUCCCACAGCAAAAUCCAAGGCUUUGAAACGCCUCAGAAGGCGCUCAUCAGCUGACACACAGACCGUUACAGUUGAUGGUGGUUCAUCCAAUGAGGGGAACCUCUUUAUUAAAAUAUCAUUACCUGAAGAGUAUCAUUUUUCAAAGGAAGCUCGCAGUAAGUUUAGUGUUGAAACUGAGCCUGAAACUGCAGUUCUCGUUGAUCCCUCAGAUGGAUAUCUUAGUCCAGAAGGAUCAGCAGUACUUCAUUUUAAGAGACCCUCUCCCUCAGCUUCUGUGGGGAGAGUUGAUUGCAAGGUUUACUAUUGCAAAGAAGAUGAGGUCUGUUUAUACCAAUCCUUAUUAUUUGAGGUACCAUUCCAUGAGGAAAUUCCAGAAUCCAACCCAGAAGAAAUCACACUUGCCUACCUUGUAAAGCCUAGAACUUCAACAGACAGCUUACAGCUACCAGUUGCACGCUGACACGAUUACACAAACAUUUUGUAUAGAUCUUGUACUACUUCACCAUGAAAAUAGGAUACCAAACUACGUAUAGCAGUUAGAUAGAAAACAUUCGAGUUAUUUGUGGUCAUUUCAUGUUACUUUGUUUUUCAGAAUUUGUACCAAAUUUUAUAAUGAAAAAUCCAGAGGAACUAUGCAUUGACUUGUA